AUGCGACGUGUUGAUCAACCUAUAAGAUGUGUUCAAUGCAGUGAUUAUUAUCUUGUUCAAGAUUAUAAAAUGGGUGUUUGUGUACAUCAUGAUGGAUUUGUCUACGAUAAUCAUUCGAUUACACUUGCGCAAUGGGGUCAACAUGCUGCAAUCGCACAGCUACUUAAAGACGAAGCAGCAGCUAUGAAACAGUCAACAACGAAUCCGUUGACACCCGAACAAAAAGAACGUUUAGAACGUGAGAAACAGCGUUUUAAAUAUAUUUGCUGUAAUCAGACUGUACAAGCAUCGGGUAUGGUGGGCGGUUGCAAACGAGGAAAGCACAGCUUAGCCGAUGUUAAACUCAUUCAAUGGGAAUACGAGUGUGAUCACAAUAGAGAUUAUCAAGAUAAACGAUUGAAUUUACUUCAAACCAGAAUUUGA